AUGAAGCAUCGAGAUGAUCUUGGAUCUGUGGCCGGCAGUGGGCCAGCGGCUACAACACCAUUGCAAGCUCAAGAUGCACCAACUUAUUUUUUUACAUUCGGAGAUUCCUACACCCAGACUGAGUUCAUUGUGGAUGGCACACAGCCAUCUGCGACAAACCCGAUGGGAAACCCGACGCUGGGGACCGGUACAACGAGCGGUGGUACCAAUUGGGUUGGAUACCUAACCACUCUAUACAAUGCCUCGCCGGUACUCAGCUACAACUUCGCCGUUGGAGGAGCGACAAUCGACAACUCUAUUGUGGAUACCAAGGUCAAGGACGUGACAACGCAAGUCUGCGACUUCGAGCUAGCAUAUAGCAAGAAGCCUGUAUCUGCACCGUGGUCUUCUGAGAAUGCGGUGUUCGGGUUCUGGAUUGGAAUCAAUGAUAUCGGUUGGGGUCAUCAAAACACCCAGCCUAGUGUACUUGUGCCGAGAUUAAUGGCCCAGUACCAACAUCUCGUUGAGAGAAUAUACCUAUCUGGGGGACGGAAGUUCCUUUUCCUCAAUGUCCCGCCUACAGAUCGGAGUCCGAUGAUCAUCAAAGAGGGACCGGAAGCCGUCAAAACAUACGCUACGUGGGUGAAGGCCUACAAUAAUGGCCUUCAAACAAUGAUCAAUGACUUCAAGUCAAGCCAUACUGACACUACUAUCGUUCUUUACGAUACCUGGUCCUUUAUGCCGAAGAUCCUGGACGAUCCUCAGACAUACGGAUUCCCCAAUGCCACUUGUUUCAACGAGAAUGGCACCUCCUGUAUUUGGUGGAAUCAUUAUCACCCCGGGCAGAACUAUCAUAAACUACAGGCAGCAGAUAUGAUACAGUACUUGCAGCCUCUUGGUGCUUGGUAG